AUGAACAUACCGGAAGAAAGGCGUUUCCAAAAAAUUAACUUAUCUGAUGAAAGACUCCUCCACAGAGCGAACGCACCUGAAGAAAGGCACCUGCACAAAAUGAACGACGACGAAAUGAGUUGCGCAGAGGAGGACGUGAAAAACAAAAAUGACAGCAAGAUCCUUUACAUGCACCAGGUUUUGGAAAGCCAAUUCGAAAAAAAAAUAAAAGAGGAACAAACUAGCUAUGAAAGAAAUACCGAUUUAAGAAAGUACGAAGAUUAUAUUUCCCAAAAAAAAAAAAGGGCUUUCACCCUGGGGGCCAUUGAUGGAAUAGGGGGUAUUAGCAUUCUAAACGCCCCUCUGAUGAAUCCCGAAAAUGCAAAGAUAGACCCACCCAUUUUGCAGCUGCCGUCGGCAACCAAUUUGAUAAAAAAUGUGCACGUGAAAGUCCAUUUUGACAAGAACAUUGACAAGUCGUAUAAAUACAGGACCCAAAAUAGCAACAGGGAUAUCAUCAGGAAUAUGAAGCCGCUGUAUUCCCUGCCGGAGAAAGUGAUGAGUUAUUAUAUGCACGAGGGGGGCCGUGGGCGGGCCCAACAGAGGGGGGAGCGCGUUAGGGAGGGUGUUGUAGAGGAUAUUCCGCAAGGUAUGGAGGGGGAUGUUCAGCAAGGUAUGGAGGAGGAUGUUCAGGAAGGUGUUGAGAAAGACGUUGUGGAGGAUGCUGUGGAGGAUGCUGUGGAGGAUGCCGAGGAGGACACCGAAGAAGAGUCUAAACCAGAUGACCAGCAGAUGAACAAAUUUGCGGACGACCGUCCAAAUAGCAACACAGACACGGAAACGGACACCCCCUGUGAAGACACACAAAUGGCGUGCGACUCAAAUGACACGUCCGACAGAGCAUUUGGCGGAGAGGACGACAAAGUGAGAAGCCCUCAUGUGCCGUCUCCACCCCCCGCGGACAAAGAGGCGAUGUGGUCAGGGGAAACGCAAGCGAUGCCCGCGAAAUCACCCUCAAAAGAACCCUCAAAAACGAAACUCGUGAAAAAAAACGAAGAGCCGAAAGAGCUCGACAGUGGCGCAAACCCACCUGCGGAAAAUAAGACCCCCCCGGAUGACGCAAACGGCACGAAGGAAGACCAAAAUUUUGAGAACGAAGACCAACUGAACUUUUUUAAACUAAAUCAAAUAAUGUCAUCGACCUUGACGAGUGCCCUCAAAAUGUUGGCGGACGAUGUUUUCGUUUAG